GCGCUGCUGUACUUUGGAGCUGACUGUUGACCAGAGUUAACACUUUCCACUGCCUUCCCAUUUUGUCCAAAAUGACUUUACAGGGGAUCAUGAAGACACGAAUGAAUUUGCUUCUUCUAAUCUUUGUGUUGGUGGAGGAACACUGCGAAGCGAAGGUGUUUGUCUCCCCCCAGUCCGCCAGCUCAGUUCUGCAGAGACACAGACGAUACAACAAGGGUUUUAUGGAGGAGAUGCUGCCUGGUAACCUGGAGCGCGAGUGUCUGGAAGAGAAGUGUACCUUCGAGGAGGCGCGGGAGGUCUUCGAGAACAAAGAGAAAACAAUGGAGUUUUGGCACCCAUACGUUGAUGGUGAUCAGUGUGUCAAACAGCCCUGUCAAAAUGGGGCCACCUGUAAGGAUGGCAUUGGCACUUAUAUUUGCUGGUGUCUCCCUGGCUUUGAUGGCAGGGACUGCGAGAUAGAGGUUGCCAGACGAUGCAAUCUGGAAAAUGGCGGCUGCAUGCAUUUCUGCUCCCAAGACGCCCAGCAAAAUGUGAAGUGUGCCUGCGCAACAGGAUACAAGCUGGGGGAGGACGGGAGGGCCUGUGAGCCUACAGUGCCGUUCCCCUGUGGUGUGCUGGGAGACAAGGUGAGAAGUACGGUCACCAAAGACGUGCGUUUCAUCCCUGUUGAGGAGGAGGUGCAGAGCUCUGGCCUGAGCAAUGGCACUGUGUACAACGCCACCGUCACCAAGACCCCCAUCAUUACGCCCACCCCCACCUCCACCCCCACCCCCACCCCAUACCCCAUCAUCCGGCCCCAGAGGAACGACAAUAUUCGCAUUGUGGGCGGGACGGACUGCCAGCCUGGAGAGAUACCUUGGCAGAUCGUAAUGAUUAACGAUGACACAAAAGACUGGUACUGUGGGGGCUCCAUCCUCAAUGAGCGCUGGAUCAUCACAGCAGCCCACUGCUUCCUUACAAGGGUCAAAACCACCAUCGUUGUGGGUGAGCACGAUAUGUACAAGAACGAGGGGACGGAGAGCCACCACAGCAUCGCAGAGAUCCUCCCGUACCCUCUCUACGACAGUAAGAAGAGCCUCUACAACCACGACCUGGCGCUGGUGCGGCUCCAGGAGCCCAUCACCUUCAGCGAGCACGCGCUGCCCGUGUGUCUGGGACCCCGGGACUUCAUCGUAAAGUUGAUGAAUGAAGAGGACAGUGGCAUGGUGAGCGGCUGGGGCAGGCUGGUGCAGGGCGGGCGGUCAGCCUCAGUGCUCCAGAAAGUGAACGUGCGCUACACGGACCGCCACUCCUGCAAAGAGUCCAGCACCAGCGACGUCUCCAGCUUCAUGUUCUGUGCCGGCUUCUACGAGGGGGGCCAGGACUCCUGCCAGGGGGACAGCGGGGGCCCCCACACCACCAAGUACAAAAGCACCUGGUUCCUGACCGGCAUCGUGAGCUGGGGGGAGGGCUGUGCCGUCAGAGGCAAGUACGGGAUUUACACCAAGGUGGCUCGCUACUACAAAUGGAUCACAGAGCAAAUCAAAAACUAAAGGGGCUCAGGAUGUACCUUUACUGCCACCCCACAGCUAUUGUCAAUAAAUGCAUAAGGUAUAUGCUA